AAGUGUGGAGGUGGACAAACCAGUCAAUAAUUGACUCGUGUUACUGCAAUGAAUCCAACCUUGGCUGCUUAAAACUAGGAGAAAAUAGCCAAGUGAAAAUUCUUUUGUGCAAAGUUACACCUGGCUUUGAGGUGGUUUGGUUUUUUUUUUUUUUUUGACUUCUGGAGGCUGGUAGAGAGUUUAGCAAUGUUUUGAUGGAGGGGGUGGGAGUCUUUAUUUCAUCUGCAGCCAGGACUUGGUAUGGCAAGGUUUGAUAUUGUCUUAUUGUAGUGGUGCUGCUGCUGCCUAGCAGAAACCAACUGUAUUUACUAAAUGCAACUCAGGCCUUUUGUUUAGUGGAAUAGUCUCCUGGUUUUCUGGGAGUUUUUGUUGCAAGCUCUGAGCAGUGUGCAUACAAACAAACAAGGCCUGGGCUGUGAGAGAAUAGCUCUGCAGUUUCUGUUCCUGUUUUACAUGAAACUACUGCAGUGACCAGGCUGGGAUGAGCAGGUGGGGACAUCCCAAGGGACACUGGCACCGAGGCAGCUCUCUGCCUCCCCGUGCUGUGGUUCAGCAUCCCUUCUUCUGAAGCAGUUUUUCUUCUUCUGGUGCAGGUGGUGUUCAUGUCCAUGCUGUAGCCCCCACAGAGUUGUUCAGUGCAGUGAAGUAUGGUUUUUUUGUUUGGUUUGGGGUGGGUUUUUUUGCUGCCCUCCAUUCCUUUUCAUCCAAAUAAAUGAUGGUCCCACCAAUGGUAAAGAUGAUUUCUGUCAAGCUCAUGGCUGAAAGACAGCUCUGCCCAGGAGAGAGGAAGGAACCUCACUCUGCUGCUGAUGGUUUUUGAGUCAUGAUGCAAGAAUCUGGGACUGAGACAAAAAGUAACGGUUCAGCCCUUCAGAAUGGAGCGAGCGGGGGCAACCAUUUACUAGAGUGCAGCCUGCGGGAAGUGAGAGCAAACGGCGAGACACCUUCAGUUGAGAUUGGGGCUGCAGAUUUAGCACAUCUUCAGCAACAGCAGGCUCUCCAGGUGGCACGGCAGCUUCUACUGCAACAGCAGCAGCAGCAGCAACAGCAACAGCAGCAGCAGCAGCAGCAACAACAAGUUAGUGGAUUAAAGUCUCCGAAGAGGAAUGACAAACAGCCAGCCCUUCAGGUUCCAGUGUCGGUGGCUAUGAUGACACCUCAAGUGAUCACUCCCCAGCAAAUGCAGCAGAUCCUCCAGCAACAAGUGCUAACUCCCCAGCAACUCCAAGUCCUGCUCCAACAGCAGCAGGCACUCAUGCUUCAACAGCAGCAGCUUCAAGAGUUUUAUAAGAAACAACAGGAACAGUUGCAGCUUCAACUUUUACAGCAACAACAUGCUGGAAAACAGCCUAAAGAGCCCCAGCAGCAGCAGGUGGCUACGCAGCAGUUGGCCUUUCAGCAGCAACUUUUACAGAUGCAGCAGUUGCAACAGCAGCACCUCCUGUCUUUGCAGCGUCAGGGGCUGCUAACAAUCCAGCCUGGACAGCCUACUCUGCCUUUGCAACCCCUUGCACAAGGCAUGAUUCCAACAGAACUGCAGCAGCUCUGGAAGGAAGUGACAAGCUCGCACACAGCGGAGGAGGCAGCCAGCAACAACCACAGCAGCCUGGACCUGUCCACCACCUGCGUCUCCUCCUCUGCCCCAUCCAAGACCUCCUUAAUCAUCAACCCACACGCCUCAACUAAUGGACAGCUAUCAGUCCACACUCCUAAAAGGGAGAGUUUAUCCCAUGAGGAGCACUCACACAGCCAUCCACUCUAUGGACACGGUGUAUGCAAAUGGCCAGGCUGUGAAGCUGUAUGUGAAGACUUCCAGUCGUUUCUGAAACAUCUCAACAGUGAGCAUGCGCUGGAUGAUAGAAGUACAGCCCAAUGUAGAGUACAAAUGCAGGUUGUACAGCAGUUAGAGCUACAGCUUGCAAAAGAUAAAGAGCGCCUGCAAGCCAUGAUGACACACCUGCACGUGAAGUCAACUGAACCAAAAGCCACCCCUCAGCCCCUGAAUCUGGUAUCGAGCGUCACGCUUUCCAAGACUGCAUCCGAGGCUUCUCCUCAGAGCUUACCUCAUACUCCCACCACCCCGACUGCACCCAUCACUCCUGUCACCCAGGGACCCUCGGUCAUCACUACCACGAGCAUGCACAACGUCGGACCCAUCCGGAGGCGGUACUCGGAUAAAUACAACGUCCCCAUUUCUUCAGCAGAUAUUGCCCAGAAUCAAGAAUUUUAUAAGAACGCAGAAGUCAGACCACCGUUCACGUAUGCGUCUUUAAUUAGACAGGCCAUCCUUGAAUCUCCAGAAAAACAGCUAACACUAAAUGAAAUCUACAACUGGUUCACGCGAAUGUUCGCUUACUUCCGACGCAACGCGGCGACGUGGAAGAAUGCAGUGCGUCAUAAUCUUAGUCUUCACAAGUGUUUUGUGCGAGUAGAAAACGUUAAAGGGGCAGUAUGGACAGUGGAUGAACUAGAGUUCCAAAAACGAAGGCCACAAAAGAUCAGUGGUAACCCUUCUCUUAUUAAAAACAUACAGACCAGCCACACCUACUGCACACCUCUCAAUGCUGCUUUACAGGCUUCAAUGGCUGAGAACAGUAUACCUCUAUACACUACUGCUUCCAUGGGAAAUCCCACUCUGGGCAAUUUAGCCAACGCGAUGAGGGAAGAGCUUAAUGGUGCAAUGGAGCAUACGAACAGUAACGGGAGUGACAGCAGUCCAGGACGUUCCCCUAUGCAAGCAAUGCACCCCGUGCAUGUCAAAGAAGAACCAUUAGAUCCAGAUGAAAAUGAAGGCCCUCUAUCCUUAGUGACAACAGCCAACCACAGUCCAGAUUUCGAUCACGACAGAGAUUAUGAAGAUGAACCUGUAAAUGAGGACAUAGAAUGAGUAUGUCUGACAUCAUUAUCCUGAGAAUGAAGAUGGGAAGAACGCGUCAAACUUAGCUGUGAAAUCUCUCCAUUAUUGUACAGUCUGGAGGAUUCUCAGUCCACUUUGACAACUAUGAAAUACGUUAACUCUUAGUGCCAUCAAGUAUCCCAUUUGGGAGUAUUUUUGAUUUUUCUACUUUUUGUUGAAAAAAGGAAAUUUGUACUCUGUGCAUUGGAUGGACUUGUUUGGUACUUGGGAUUUUCCUCUCUUACAGUCAACAUCAGUGUUGUAAAUUUGCUAAACUGAUUCACUCGCAUUUAGCAGCCAGCUGUGGACUGCAGGUCCUGCCAAUUUUGGACACUUGAGGACAUCAAACUGAGCAUGUACACCUGAACUGCAGAUCAAGUCUUUGCCCAGAUUUUAAGGAUUCCAAUGGACAACAUAUUUGCACAGUACUGCAUGUUGAUUAUCACUGCCUUUUCUCCAUUUUUUUUUCUUUUUUUUUUUUUUUCUUUUGGUUUUUUUUUUUUCUUUUGGUUUUCUCUUUUUUUUUUUUCCUGCUUCCAUUCGGGCUGGGGAAGGCCUGUGUGUGCACGUGUGUGGGUAUGUGUGUGAGCGUGUCUACUGGGGAGGGGUUCAAAGACAACAAGAAAAAAGAAAAUGAUCCCAAACUUUUUAAUGUAUUUGCUUUCAUUCCCCCGCCCCACUUCUCCUCUACCGUUUUAAGUUCUGACCUCAGGCCUCAUCUGGGCCCAGGGCCUCUUGGAGGCUUCAGCGUUUUCUGUACUUUGUGAUGAAUGUUAAUAGGUGUUUUUAUUAUACGAAGCUGAAUGUCAUUGAAUUGUUUGUAGUUUUUUCUGUCAUUCAUUCCAGUUUCCUUCAGAUGCCACCAGAUUUUCUUUUAGCGAUGGAAAGCAUUCCAUUUCCAUGUCUUUUUUCUUUUUUUUUUUCCCAUGUUGUUUUUUUUGAAAAGGUCCCAAAUGCUGCACUAUCCAUGUGGAAGGGUUGUCCAGUGGAGAGAGAGGAACGAAGUACUGCAAGCAUGAGAAUGAAUGACAGAUGAACAUAGAAACACUGUAGGAAGCAACACAGAUUCAUUCCACAAAGCAGUAUUUUUAAUAGAUUUUUUGCUGUUGUUUGGGGGUUUUUUUGGUGUUUUUUUUUUUUUCUGGGUUGGUUUUUGUUUUUUUUUCAUUUGUUUAGGGUUUCUUUGGCAGCAACAGUGAAUAUUUGCAAAUGCCACAAAAUUGAACAGCACAAGGAAAUUUAUGCAGCACCAAGAGAGUUCACUUUUAGUUGAGGAUGAACAGUACAGUGGCAGGUUCUCGGUUGUUUAACACAAGUUCUAAUAGGUCAAGAGAUCUUUCUGGAAUAUCUCAGAUUACCGAGAUGGGCACCUAUACAUUUGUUAUUAAUUUUUUUUUAAUUUAAUUUUAUUUUAAUUUUUUUUUUCUGCACUUGCAAAUAGUGGUUGGAAAGAUGACUUCAUUAAAUCCUUACCGUACAUGGGGAAGCUUCCCAGUUAAACAUCAGUUCAGGAUUGCUUGGUGGCAUUAAUCUGUUUGAAUACAAAUUAGAUUUCAGAUUGAACUUGUUACAGGAGUUAAUAAGGACAGAGCCCCACUAAUGCUGAAGUGUUAAUUUUCAGCUGUGCAAAUGCAGUGCUGCAGUUAAGGUUUUUAUAUUACACCAGCCAGGAUGGAAACCUCAAUAGAGGAGACAGGAGAUCUGGGAGAGAGAAUUCAGGCCGGGGCUUUUUAGGCAGAACUGGCAAGUGCUCUUCAAAGCAAACAGGACAUACAAAAAUUUGUUGCCAUAGGUCAGUAAACUUCGGUCACCAAACACCCAAACGUUUUCAUUCUGCAACCACUUUUCCGUCACUCAUUUAUUUAUGUAGGACUGUAGCUUUUUUAUUAUUUCAAAAAGCCUUUCAGAGCUUAAUUUAUAUUCUUCUUUGUACCUUUUCUUUUUUUUUUUUUUUUUCCUAAAAUUACCAAAGAUGUUACACAAAGGUAAAUUAUGUUCUCUGUUAUAUGCUUUAUCUUAUGAAGCCAAAUAUCCUCUUAUUGUUGAUCAAAGGAGGUUGAAGAAUUUAGAGGGAAAUGACAAGAUGUGGGCUAUUGCUAACCUGAGAGGGAAACUGCUCCUUUAUUCUAGAAAUUUUAGGAGGCCAAGUAGAUGUCUGAACCAAAGUUGUUACUUUUUAUUUGCAAUUCUUUACAGUGACCAAAAGGAAGCUCUGAUAAAGAGGAAUCGAGGGAAGCUUUUGAGGCUAAAACUAGGAAAUCAGUGUUACUGAGGGAGCUGGAGAAAGCAGAGACACAGUAAUUUAGUGGAAAAUUAGAGUAUCAGAUAAAGGAGGCAGAUUAAUAAAAUAGAGAAGAGAACAGACAAGCUCCCACAAUUUAACAGGACCACAUAAUAGUAUUUCUAGAAUUAAAUUUUAAAAUAGAAAAAAAAAAAAAUUGGCCUUUGGUUCUACAGAUUGUGUGCCACUUCUGUUUCGGGACUGUGCUAGGACAACUGCUUUAGUUUGGGUUGAUCUUGGCACAUUUGCUCAGUUUUGUUUUGGUUUUGGUCAAGCAUUUUUCAUAAGGAAACAACACUCCUGUCCACUCAUAAGCUUCGGUACAAGAAAUUUUAUUGGCAGUUACUUUUAUAAAAGUCAACUCUGCUUUCUUUUGCAAAAGACAAAAAAAAAAAAAAAAUAAAUAAAAAAAAAAAAAAAGGGCAGUCUGUGGUCAUUUAAAACAUUUUUUUUUUUUUUUUCAUUUAAAUUAUAUCCAGGCAGCUUCGUGACGUGCCGGCGGUAGCCAGAUGGGGAAUGAUGAGAAUUGAGCCCUGUGCUUCUAAACUGAGUGGUUUGCUGGUUAGUUUGGUAUUCAGAAGGGGGAUAAAAAUCUGGUAGAUUAGUUCAUUCUCAGCAUGUGUAGCUAGACAUGAGUAAAGAUAACAGCAUGAGAAACUGUUAGUACGCAUACCUCAGUCCAAACUGUUAGGGAAUGAGUAAAUAAAUAAAUAAAUAAAAUAAAUACAUUUCACUCAGUUGCACUUAGUUGUAUGUCUUGCAUGCUUAGUCUAAAGACUGUAGCAAAAAUUAAAAAAAACAAAAAAAGAGAAAAAAGAAGUAAAAAAUUAGAUUUUAACACAUCUGGCAGGUGUUGCAGCCUCGCAGAAGAACCAACUGAAAAUCUCAGGCUUUACAUCAAGCAAACUUCACUAUGAUUUUUACAAUUCUGAUUCUGUAUCCCUUUGGAUAUACAGUUGCUUCUUUAGGGAGGGGUUUAUUAUGUUGUACAUAUAUAUCCCACUGUGUCUGUGUGAGCCUUUGUCUUUUGGGGGGAGGGUGGGGCGGGAGGAAAAGGUGGAAAGGUCCUUUUUUUAGAUAUCAUUCCUCAAAAGGAAUAAAUGCAGACCUGUUUGUCAAAACACCUUUUGCUUUUUGUGCAACUGCUUUAUAUUAACUAUACUAAAAAAAUAGCUUUGAAAAAAAAAAAACUACUGUAUGUAAUGGAAUUGCAGAAUACGCUGCACAUGUAUUUUAUUUAGUUAUCCUUGCUUUAAGAAUAUUGGAUGACAUUUGCUGACAUGUGGGAGAAAAUCCCUGACUUUUUUUUUUUUUCAGCUUUUAAAUUGUAACAUAGUUGACAGAGGUUUGUUUUGUUUUGUUUUUUUUUUCCUCCUGUUAUCAUUGAUCGAAGCAUUUUUGUACAGUUUUUGUGUUUAAGCUGGUUUUUUUGAUACUUUCCCACCCCUUCUGUUAUCUUACCACUGCCUUUUCUGGCUGUCUUAAACAAAGUUCAUAUAUUUGAAAGGUAAAAAAAAAAAAAAAAAAAAAGUCGUUUAAAAAAAAAAAAAAAUGUUUUUCUCCUGCUGCAGUAAAUAUUUUGCAUGAUGAAUUCCAGGGUCACACUUUCAAAGUUUAUCAGUGAAGUAGUGAUUAAUAAUGGGGAGUGUCAAACUAUUGAACUUUUGUAUAAAAAAACAAAAAAAAAAACUUUACAAGGUGCCAAGAUGUAAAGACAAUUUGUUACAUGUUUUUUUUCUCAAAGAAAAGCGUACAUUAUGAAAGUAGUACCAUGUAUCAGGUAAAUCGCUGUCAGGAAUGAGAGUCAAAGCCUUCCUUGUCCACACACAAACAAAAAAGAAAAAAAAAAAAAAAAAAAAAAAAAAGAGUUUGUAAAUGUAAAACCUGUUAGGUUUCUGCAUUCAACUAGAAGUGAAAUGAAAAAUCAAGGCUUAUGUAGAAUUAACCUCAAAAAAACAUGACCUUUUUUUUUGAUUCUCACUCGCAAGAGUCCCGCUGCGGGUCCUGCACCUUCCCUCUCAUGGAGCUUCUGCUUCAGGAGGAGAGAGCAGGGCAAGGAUUCUGGUUCUGCAAAUAUUGCAGAUCAUUAGAUAUUUUAUAUAUAUAUACAUACAUAUCUAACUCUAUAUAUAUAUAUAAAGUUUUUAAAAAUAAUUUUGAACUAUUGUAGUUUUCGGAUCACGAUCUCACGUUCAUUACAGCAUGGCAAAAAAAAAAAAAAAAAAAAAAAAAGAAGUGUUUCAACUCUUUUGAAAUCCUUUGGUACCUUUGGUUAAUGAACUCAGAGUGAGUUUUUAGAUGUUUCAGAAGUCAUUUCGUAUUUUAGUCUUGCGAGGUGAAUUUGCAGUUCCCGACUGCAUUUUAAUGGGCCCAGAACAGGUAACAAAUUAUCUUCUACCCAUAAGCCUUGAUGAAAAUGGUACAGUCCAGACUGUUAGCAUGGUGCUUUGUGUGUAUGUGCUGCCAGUAACAAGAUUUUUUUUUUUUAAUUUUUUUUUUUUUUGAUAAGGCAUAAAAGAAACUCAUUCCUUACAUCAACUGUAAUUCCAUCAUUCCAUGUCUGUUGAUACAGACAAUAAAAAAUGUUGUGUAGUCAGUACUAAUUACUGACAUUAUAGCAUUCUCAAAUGCAAUAAAAAUGCUGGUUGUUCACACUGGUAA